GCGUGCGCACUGAAUCCGGGUCAGCUGCUGCCGCCGGGACUGCAGCUGCCACCGGCCGGGAAGCGCUGGGCCCCGUCUCCACCGCCGACCAAGGGCAGCGGGCUCUGCCCGCCGCCGCUUUCUGCGACCUGGCCGUCAGCCCCACGUCGCCGGCCUGGAGGGGCAAAGAGGACGAGGGGGCCGCGGCUUCCUCCGGGGACCUCGGCUGCCUGGACUGCCAGGAGCUGGAAGUUGACAUUGAAUCCAGGCUGAGGAUGGAAGGUGUGGAGCUGAAAGAAGAAUGGCAGGAUGAAGAUUUUCCAAUACCUUUACCAGAAGAUGACAGUAUUGAAGCAGAUAUACUGGAUGUAACUGGUCCAGACAGCCAACCUGACUCAUUAGAAGUUAAUGGAAAUAAAGUACGUAAGAAACUAAUGGCCCCAGACAUCAGCCUGACCCUGGAUCCUAGUGAAGGCUCUGUGUGGUCGGAUGAUUUGGACGAAGGCGGGGAGGUUGAUCUGGAAGGCUUAGACACCCCAUCAGAGAACAGUGAUGAAUUUGAGUGGGAAGAUGAUCUUCCCAAACCCAAAACUACUGAAGUCAUUAGGAAAGGCUCAGUUACUGAAUACACAGCCACAGAAGAAAAAGAAGAUGGACGCCGCUGGCGCAUGUUCAGAAUUGGAGAACAGGACCACAGGGUGGAUAUGAAGGCAAUCGAACCCUACAAAAAGGUUAUUAGCCAUGGAGGCUAUUAUGGGGAUGGUUUAAAUGCCAUUGUUGUAUUUGCUGUCUGUUUUAUGCCUGAAAGUGGCCAGCCUAACUAUAGAUAUCUGAUGGACAAUCUCUUCAAAUAUGUUAUUGGCACUUUAGAGCUGUUGGUAGCAGAGAACUACAUGAUCAUUUACUUAAACGGUGCAACCACUCGAAGGAAAAUGCCCAGUCUGGGAUGGCUGAGGAGAUGCUACCAGCAGAUUGACAGACGAUUACGGAAAAACCUUAAGUCUCUAAUCAUUGUCCACCCCUCUUGGUUUAUCCGAACACUUCUGGCUGUGACAAGACCGUUUAUCAGUUCAAAAUUCAGUCAGAAAAUUAGAUACGUCUUUAAUUUGGCGGAACUGGCGGAGCUCGUGCCCAUGGAGUAUGUUGGCAUACCAGAGUGCAUCAAACAGUAUGAAGAAGAAAAGUUUAAAAAGAGACAAAAAAGAAUUGAUCAAGAGCUUAAUGGCAAACAGGAACCUCCAGCCAGUGAGCAGUAGGUCAGCGUCCUGUCCGGAUGAGACAAAGAGCGCCAGGGAGGCGGGGCUCUUGUGCUCAGUGUGCAUUCAUGGCUCGAGUUUUUACAUAAUCUGUUACAAAAUUUACUUGACUCCUUUCCAAAUGGACUCUUGUACAAGGGACUGUUCACUGCUGUAAUGGUUGGCAAUUCUUGAAUUUAGCUCUUUAAUGACUAAUUAUAUUGUAAUCAUUUUAUAUUGCUAAAUAGCAGAGAACUACACUUUAUAUAAAGCAAUUUUUGCAUUUGUUUAUUUGAUGCAUCUUCAGUAAAAUAUUUAUAUACAUAAAUGACAAAGGAAAGAAAUAAUAUAUAUUUUUUAUGUUGGGGGCAAUAUUUUUUAGUGUGUACCUAUCUCAUGGAAGAAUAUACACACUUUUAAAUGUAAAGUGCAUGUAAGACUUGUUUUUGUAAAUGGUUGGACACAUUUCCUGGGUAACUGAGGCUGAGUUUUCCUCAAGCAAGGACAGUUAAGCUGACGCGGAGUACCCAGGGUCAUGCCCACAAUCUAGUCAGUAGUAGCAGCCCGAGCUUCUCACUGGAAAGCACACUGCUUCUUAAUGUGGUGGAAGUGCAGGCAAGUGAGCGGCUUGCUUUCCUCUCUAAAGACGUGUUAGAACCAGAACCAGAGAUUUUGAGAAGCUAGUAGUUAGGGUUUGUAUAUAUGUAUAUAAGGGACAUUUUAUUUUACCCAAAGUCGGAACUGUUAAAAAAAAGAGAGAGAAAGGAAGGGAGGAAACUCUUAAGAUGUGUUCACUAAUGUGAAGUGAGCUGUGUCCGUGUGUGUGAAGCUGUGAGGUGUUGCAGAGCUGUGGUGAGUGUUCAUGGUCAGCUGCAUCUGGAGAGCAGAUGGGCUGGUAUUGAAAUGCUCUCACAGGCACUUUACCAGAGUACUUCCUCAUCAGUUAUCUGACACAGUGCUAUUUGACCUAAGCACAUAGGUGUGCACGUAGCUGUGGGGUGGCAUGACAGUGUUUGCUGUACAUGGGUCGAUGCUGUAAGUAGCACCGCUGCUCUGCGCUCAGGAUGACAUUUAUUGUACGUAUGUCAUGUGGUUAAGUGCUUUGACUGAACAUUGAAAUAAAAUGUAUUUGUGCCUCCAAACAGGGUUUAAUUACCUACAAAAUCAUUCUAAACAACUUCUAGUCUUGUGUCAUGAACUUGCCUGGCAUAUACAUACUUAGUUUAUGUAUCAGCUUCAUACCACGCAGCCCUUCCUGUAAGCUGUUUACAAGAGUGACCUAGCAAAGCAAAAUUGAAUCAGGUAUGAUCUAAACUUAGAAGAUUAUUCCCUCCCGUACUGAACAUGUGACCUUCCUUAGUGUCAGUUUUUAGUGUUACGCUUGUAUUGCAAAAGGGAACUUUUCUUUAUUUCUUUGUCCUUUGCAGGCAUAAAUUUGACCUGCUAAGUUAAAACCAGUUACAGUCAAGCUGGAGGACUCUGGGUAAAACAUCCUCACAACCUCCCAGCUUGGAUCCAGCUCUCCACGCAGAUCCUGUAUUAGUGUCAUUGUAGUAAAUUGAGCCCAAACCAUUUUAUUUGUGUCGGUGAGGGAAACUUUAAGAGUACUGUGUAGAGUCAGGCGUGGUGGCAUCCCUUGUUAAUCCCAGCCCUUAGGAAGCAGAGGUUGACAGGACUCAGAGUUUAAGGCCAGCCUGGGCCAUAGAGCUCUGUAGUCAUCCUUCUGACUUAGCCCAAGAAUCACGCAGAGCUUGUAGAAUGUCUCAUCUGUUCACUUCAGAGUAGACUGAGCUUUGUCUGCUUUUCCACAGUAAGUGCUUGUAUCUUCAGUUUCAAAAUACAGACAGUGGCUACAGCUUUUUUCAGAAGUGAUUUUUUUUUUUCAAUUUUUAAGAAGUAGCCCAUAUUCAGUUAGAACAUUUAAGUUCAAGAGGGACUGGAGAGCUGGCCCAGUGAUUGUAAGAACACUUCCAGGCUUAGUUCCCAACACCCAUAGCAGGCAGUUCAUGUUCACCCGUAACUCCAGCUGCUGGGGAUUCGAUGCACUCUCUGGCCUCUGGGCACCUGCAUACCAUGGUCACACACACACACACACACACACACACACACACACACACACACAAAACUCAAUCUUUUUAAAAUGAAUAAAAUUCAGAAGGGACAGCCGAGUAUCAUGGCAUAUGCCUUGAAUCCCAGCAUUAGAAUCUGAGACAGGACAUUCUAAGUUUGCGGCCAUCUAGGCUACAUAGCAAGCCCUCAACUCAAGGAAUAAAAGGGAACAGCACUAACGCUUGAAUUAUGGGGAAAACUGCUUUAACCUGCACUCGAAUGGCAUGUGGUGCAGGGAUGCACCCACCCUAAAUGUAAAUGCCUAUGAGACUGGGUUGCUAACUAGUCCGCUAGAGGAAGAGCCAUAGUCAGUUGCUUUUUAAUUGGUAACAGUAGAACAUCCUCCUCCAUUACUGAUUGAGGUGCAAGUGCAUAGAGUAAUUCUUUGACUUUGUGCUGGGGUCAUGGAUAAACUUAACAGGUUUAAUUAUGUUUUUAUUGCCGUCUUUGUUACACUUUGGCUCUGAUUGCUCCUUUUUUAUCCAAAGUUUUCCUUAGAAGAUAAUGUAAUUCUGUGUUCAGGUUGAUUGUGUGCCUGAAAAAGCACCAAGGGAAGCUGUGAUGUCCUUGCAUAUUGAAGCCUUUAACUGGAAGAGGCAAGAAGUGUGCUGAGCAGAGUUAGAAGAUAAAUGAGAAAAAAGGCCAUUAUAAAUAAAGACUUGGUUAUUAGCUACAUGCCACCAAAAGUGUCCCUCUUAAGGGAAGUACUCUGUAUGGCAGCGGGUGGUUCCAUUUCCUGUACCCACAAGGAAAAGUAGAGGUCACAUAAGGUGUGGCUUGAAAAGGAACUGCUGAUGGCAUUUGUGAUGACAAUCUUGUUCUUUGUUUCAGAUAGAAGUGGGUCUGACAGUGGCAUAGUAGCUACAGUGUCCAAGCUGAGAUGCUUACUGCCUUUCACAGUUGGUAAACAUUAAUGUUGGCUUCUGUGCCAAGUGUCACAAUUUAGUGUCACCAGCUCCUUGACAGUAUUCUUCCAGAGGACUUAAGUCACCUCACUGCAGCCAUUUAUGUGAGUGCUCAGGGAAUUUGAAGAGGCAAUCUCAUGUAGAAGUGUUCAUUCUUUGCAGUGAACUAUUCAGUUGAGAAUUAGCACUAGGAUACUUUAGUAGAGCAGGCCAGUUUCUUGAUAGAAUUGGUAGAUCUGUAUGAGAGGUGGCAGUGGCUUUGGCCUUCCUUUUCCUGUGUUAUAAGUAGAAAAUUGUUUGCCAAGUGGUGGUGGUGCAGGCCUUAAAUGCCAGCAGUCUGGGAGGGCAGGAGGCAGGCAGAUCUCUUAGUUCAAGACCAGCCUGGUCCUCGGAGCAAGUUCCAGGACAUCCAGGGCUACAUAGAAAAACCCUGUCUCAAAAAGACAAAAAGGGGGGCGGGGGUAGAAAAUUGUUGACAGUGUUAGAUGAGAUUUGCAGAGACAGUUGACUGCAGAGGCAGCCACCCUGUCUGCUUGAGUUUUGUCCUCUGUGUCUCCCUCCACUCUCCCCUUGCCCCCCCACCCCCGGUUUUAUUUAGAUAUUUCAGAAAUGGAUCUAUCAAAUCUCAGAGGGCUGAAAUAGGAGGAGUCUGAAUACUUCCAGGCUAAUACUUGUGCUAGUGAGUUUAUCUUGUUCUAGGGAAUGGGAAUUGUGUAGUGGGAGUUGCUAAGACCAUGAAGAACUGGGGCAGCAGCAGCAGGGCAUUGUCUGCCCAGUGUUCUAAGCUAGUACAAAAUGACCUGUCGGAGGAGCCCUUCACUUUCAGCUCCUCUUCUGAGAUUCUCAGUGAAUUCAGAAUCAGGUCAGCAGAAGCCAAAUAAUGGAGCUUUAAAGCCCUGAACAGUAACAGAAACAAAACAGUGUGGAACAGUAAGGGGUGACUACAAUUUGAAUAGGACAUUUUAUUGCAAUUAUAAAUAAUAUGUACAUGCUUGUGGAACCAAAUUUAAAAUGCUAUGAGAAACUCACAUACAGCUCUUGAAAUAAGUACUAGAUAAAAACCACCAGUUUUCAGGCCAAGCCUGAUGGCAUGUGCCUGUGAGGCCAGUACUCUGGAGGCUAAUGGGGGAGGAUUGGGAGUUUGGGGCCAGCCCAGAUUACUUAGCAAGUUCCGGGACAACCUAGUGGGUGUACACAAUGAGACCUGUCCUGGGAGUAGGAUGGGGUGGGGUGGAGCAACAUUUAGUGCAUUCAGAUUAGUAAAAACUGAUACUAAGGUAUUUGCUUCAGAUAGCUGACUCCUACAGUAGUUUAAAACUUUGGGAUUUGAAGUUUUUAUAUAUUUGUAUAUCCAAUUUGACAAGAACUUGAUAAUUGUCAGCUACUCCAUUGGACCUUUGUAUACAGACUUGCAAAAGGUUAAUGUCCUCCUAAGAAUUGUUUCAUUGUUUACUUACAGAAACCUAACUAGUAAAUGUUGAUGUUCAGGGCUGCUGGCUUUCACAGCCUUGGGGUGCUGUUCUCACACACACACACACACACACACACACACACACACACACAAUUCAGAGUUCAUCAGACACUAUUGCACUUUGAUUCAUACUUCAAAAGUAUUUUAUUACAAGCUCACAUGCUGUCAUUUAGACAAAAUUAACUCGCUGUGACCUUUUUUGCUGUUCUUAGAUUGUAUUUAACUAGUCUAGUACUGUCAUUUCAGUGAGAAUUCAGUUUGAUUGUCUGCAGGAUACAGGUUGUAGUUCUGGUCAAUGAGCAGCCCCUGAUCAGCAAAAUGUGCUGUUUUCUCUUCUUUUGACUUGUUAUGAAUACAGUGGUGUGUCCUAAUUUGUUGCACAUAUUACUACAACAUUAAUGCAUUUUAAUAAACUAGUUGGAAUAUA